AUGCUUGUGAGGGUUCUGCUUCGACAGAGGCCGAUGCUGUUGCUGCUGCUGCUGCUGCUUGUGGAGCCCUCUUACAGUCGCCAACACCGCCUCUCCUAUGUUGUGCAAAAGUGCGCAAAAAUGGAUAACCGUGCUAUAAGACUCAACCCUAACACUCGGCGCAACCUCUUCGCCGCCCACACGACCCAGCAACAACCACCCACCUCACGACGCCAGAACCAAAACGCCCCUUCGGUCCGCCCAGACAGCCGCGAGAUUCAACAAGACAUUUUCACGCAACCCGUUGAAGAUGAAAUGGUCGAGAGGGAUGCACAGGGAGACUACAUCAUCCAUGCACCAACACCUGUGUACAAGAACAUGGGCACGGCUAGCAUUGGGCCAGAGGGAGAUGAAGAGGGCGAAAAUGAGAAUGAGUUGAUUGAAAUGUACGGCAAGCCGAAUGUGCACUGGGCUGCAGCAGGGAUUGAAGAUGAGAUCAGGAUUGCGCUGAAGAGUAGCUUAAGGAAAAAGGUGGCGAGCUUGGAGGACGACAGGUGGAUGUUCCAAGCAGAGAGCGAGAGCAAGAAAUGAAGUUUGUUUGG